CAGGAUCAAUAUGUUAUUGUGGUGGCCCGCAAAUAGAUAAUCGCUAGUAUUUUGCGAAACUGGAGAUCAGCCUCUGUCUCUCUAUCUGAUCGACUCUCCAUCCAAAUCAGAGUUUCCUGAGAGUGAAGAGAGCUUGAUAUUCAACUCCUAAAACAGACAAAUUCAAGCCUCUCUGUAUAAAUCGAAAUGAAGGAUGACGAGUUCCUUCCAAUAUCAACACCAACAACGAACAAAUCAUCAACAGCAACAUCCACAAUUUCGAAGAAGGAAAGCUACGAUUCGAGUCUAUUCGGCAGAGGCCGAUACAAAUUUUGGGCAUUGGCUGCAAUUUUACUCCUCGCCUUCUGGUCAAUGCUCACCGGAACCGUCACUCUCCGCUGGUCCGCCGGCAAUCUCAACCGCAUGUCCGACGACCUCGGCACUCUCAUUUCCGAUGAUCUUGAUGUCCUCGAAAUGGAGGAGAGAGAGAAGGUGGUGAAGCACAUGUGGGAUAUUUAUACGAAUAGUCCUCGGAUCAGAUUACCUCGAUUCUGGCAAGAGGCGUUUAAGGCUGCCUACGAGGAAUUGGCUAGCGAGCUCCCUGAAGUCCGAGAUGCUGCAAUGUCUGAGAUCGCCAAGAUUUCCAUGAGGUCCAUUAAUCUCGAUCCCCCUCCUCUUCAAUCCACG